ACCGAAUCUAGAUAGUUCACGGUGUGGGCAGAUAGGCGGUACUGGAUCUCGGGUACAAUUGACGUUGGGUUAACUUGAGCCGUUGGUAACCCCCUCGGAGGUGUCCUCGGGAUGGGAAUGCAGCCAAACAACAUCCGCAUCAAACCGCUUUCCCCAUUUCACGAUAGGAAUUCUCCCUAUUGGCUGGCAGCGCGAAUCAGAUGCCUCCCACUGCCAUACUCACCAAGAGCAGCUUUGUACUCUGCAGAACCACCACUCUUUCCUUACGGUCAGCAAAACCAGCGAUCCGUCUCUGUGAUCGGAUCCUAUCGCAAUACAUCGUCGCACCAUACAGAAGCGCAAGCUUGCAGGUGGUGUCUACUGUAGCUACCCCGCCCUCUCCCUUCAUACCUCUUACCCCGCGCCGGUUUACCGCCAUCGCGACAGCUCCUCACACAACAACUACGGCGACAAUGGCCGACAUCGAUGUUGAGACUGUCCUGAAGGGCAAGUAUCCCGCCAAAGCCCAUGCAAAGCGCGUAGUCGAGUACAUCCGAUCCAAGGUUCCAGAUGCCACCGGCGCACUGUACCUCGAGGGUCGAUCCGACCACCUCCUCGAAGACAGCGAUGAGCCGGUUCCUUUCAGACAACGGAGACCUUUCAUGUACUUAACCGGCGUCGAUGCUGCUGAUUGCGCAUUCAUCUACGACAUUGAGACUGAGAAGUCCACUCUCUUCAUCCCCCCAAUCGAUCCCGAGAGCGUCAUCUGGUCUGGCCUCCCCUUGUCUCCCGAAGAGGCCCUGGCCAAAUACGAUGUCGAUACCGUCCUACCCACAACCGAGUUGAAUCCCAUGCUAGCAAGGCUGGGCGGCGCCAACUCCAAGUCCACCGUCUUCGCCAUCGCCGAGCGCAUCUCCGACAAGGUUACAUUUCUUGAGUUUGGCAACAAAGACAUGUCCCUCCUCGCGGAGGCUAUCGACGAAUGUCGUGUCGUGAAAGACGACUAUGAGAUCGCCCUCAUCAAGAAGGCCAACCAGAUCAGCGCUGUCGCUCAUAAGGCGGUUCUUGAGAAUGUGCGCAGGGCUCAGAACGAGUAUGAGCUCGAGGGUGUGUUCACCGGCAGCUGCAGUCGGCAGGGUGCCAAAAAACAGGCCUACCCUAGCAUCGUGGCCAGCGGUAGAGCGGCUGCUACGCUUCACUAUGUCCAUAACAACAAGGACCUGGCUGGGAAGGACCUGCUGCUCCUUGACGCUGGCGCGGAAUGGGAUACGUAUGCUUCGGAUAUUACCAGAACAUUCCCCAUAUCAGGUCGCUUCACCGAGCAGUCACGAGCUAUCUACGAAAUCGUACUACAGAUGCAGAAUGAAUGUAUCGAAAUGCUCAAAGAAGGUGUCUGGUGGGAUGACGUCCAUGUGCGAGCGCAUCAGAUUGCCAUCGACGGUCUUUUAUCACUUGGCAUCUUGAAAGGAGAGCGAAAAGAGAUCUUGGAAGCCCGCACCAGCACGGCUUUUCUUCCACAUGGUCUAGGCCAUUAUCUAGGCAUGGACACACAUGACACCGGUGGCCACCCAAAUUACUCGGACCCCGACCCGAUGUUUAGAUACUUGCGAGUGAGGAGGAACUUACCGGCGGGAAGCGUUAUCACCGUGGAGCCUGGUAUCUACUUUUGCGAGUUCAUUAUUGCGCCAUACCUCAAAGACCCUAAGCAUUCGAAGUACAUCGAUGAGGACGUCCUUAACAACUACUGGGAUGUUGGCGGCGUGAGAAUCGAGGACAAUAUCGUCAUCACGAAAGAUGGCUACAUCAACCUAACGACAGCGGUCAAAGACCCCGACGAGAUGGAGAAGAUUAUUCUCGGCAGCUAAAAUCGGUCCCGGGUGAUAAGGACGUCUUAUGUAUAUAAUUGUCUCGGGAGGAUAGGAGUCUAGUCACGGAGCGAUUGCGUCUACGAGCGGAAGCUAGUUUUGCAGAGAGAGUGAUCAUUAUGUCAGACUAACUAUCUUGAUGAUCAGCCAUAAUCGAUAACAACUUACUGUGUUUGAGUGAAGGCAUGAACUCAUUAU